GAAUGGAGAAGGGGUCCUUACGUACAAUAUACAGACUCCACCCAGACAUGCCUGGAAGAAAACCUCUUGGUACAGUAGGGGCUGGCCACUGACAGAAACUCCAUCCACCCUGACUGAUGCUCUGCAGCCCCUGAUUAAGCGUCUAUGUUCAUAUUUUACAGCUUUUACGCGCAAACAAAAUGAGAGCCUUUAUUUCGACUGUGACAUUGUUGUGGGUGAUAACAAUACCCUGCAUGGAAGCCAUCCACGGAUUAUACAAUUUUGGCCAGCAUGAGUUGUUUUACAAAAAGAAUAACUGCAAGCAAAUUCCUGCAAACCUCCUGCUGUGCCACGACAUAGAGUACACAGAGAUGCGCCUCCCGAACCUGCUCGGACACGAAACCAUGAAUGAAGUUCUGCAGCAAGCUUCGUCCUGGAUCCCGCUGGUCCAGAAACAGUGUCACCCGGACACGAGAAAGUUCCUCUGCUCCCUUUUCGCCCCCGUCUGCCUGGACGACUUGGACGAGCCCAUACAGCCGUGCAGGUCUCUGUGCGAGAGCGUCAAGCGCGGCUGCGCGCCCGUGAUGUCCGCGUUUGGCUUCCCCUGGCCAAAGAUGUUGGACUGCGACCGUUUCCCACUAGACAAUGACCUGUGCAUCCCACCUGCAGGCAACGACAAUUCUGUGCCAGUCACCAAAGAAGUGCCCAGAGUGUGUGAUGCUUGCAAGGAAACAGAUGAAAAUGACAACGAAAUUGUUGACAACCUGUGUAAGAAUGACUUCGCUCUGAAGAUAAAAGUCAAGGAAAUCUCCUACAUCAAUGGUGACACCAAGAUAGUGCAGGAGACCAAGAGCAAGACCAUCUACAAGCUGAACGGCGUGACGGAGCACGACCUGAGGAAGCAGGUGCUGUGGCUGAAGGACGGCCUGCAGUGUAUCUGCGAGGAGAUGAACGACAUCAACGCUGCCUACCUGGUCAUGGGCCAGAAGAUGGACGGCCAUCUGAUCAUCACCUCGCUGAAGCGCUGGCAGAAGGGGCAGCGCGAGUUUAAGAGGUUUUCUCGCAGCAUCCGCAAGCUUCAGUGUUAGGAAGGGGGGAAAAUCAUUAAAAAAUGACCCAAAACUCAAAAACUAGGUAGUAUAGGGCACACACAGGGCUACAUAGCUAAAAUGACUUGAAUUUAUUUGACCCUACAACUGUAAAUCCAAUGGAUUUUCAGUUUUUGGAUGGUGCUGUGCCCCAAUACACUCAAACUACAUUAAUCAGUAAAACCAAAUAUUCUAAAAGACCACUGUUGGUAGCUAAAAAACAUGAAUUAUAUCUGUUGCAAACACAGAGGUGAGCAAAUAUAGAAACACGAGUCCCUGAAGCUGCAGUAAUAUGAGAUUUCAUGACUUUCACUCAUCUACUCCAAUUCAUUUUGCACUGAACGCCCCCUAGUGGCCAAUUUUCAGGUGGUGUGUUUUUCCCCGGGGGAGCUGUCUUUGCUGUCACUUCAUUAAUUGCGGUUAAUCACACUCAGCUGGUGUCCCAGGUGCAGAGGAAUCACUAAUUACAUGGUCAGAGUGAAAACUAGCAGAGCUUUGAAUCCAGGAUUAAAAAUGACUGACUCCAAUAAUUGCUGGCAGAUGUGGCCUAAAGUUAAAUACUACAGAUGGGAUUUAAAAGCGAGGCUCGGGAGGUAUGAGAGGAUCUACAUGACGGUGGGAGAUAACGAUUCCGUGGUCAUCGGGCCGUCAAAGUCUCUGC